CUGCAUUAAGCAGCCGAGCGAGAAAACUAGUUAAAAUUUCUAUAAAUUAAAAUUAAAAUUGUCCAAUAUCGUUUUUACAACACAAUGUACACCGAUGAGGUGCGUACGCCGCACGCACUCAAGACGCGAUACUAUGCCAGUCUCAACGAAAUCAAAUGCCGAGUGACGACCAGCGGCAGACGCAGCCUCAGCAACAACAACAACAGCAAUCAUUUCUCAGCAACGGCGUCGACAACGGGAAAGAAUGGCGCCAAGGAAGCGAGCAAAAUGCAAUUGAAAAGCAGUCCCCAAAUGUGCACAUCAACAACUGUUUGCACACCGCCACCAAAACGUUUGCAAAAGGUGCGAAAUCCAUUUGAGGGCGCAUUAACCGAACGCCUGCAUUUGCCCCUAAUUGCCAGUCCAUCGCUGUUUCAGUGCCGGUCGCGAACGCCGCAGUUAUCGUCGACUCAAUUUGAAUGGGAUAUUGAGGAAGUGUCGCAACUGAAGCCAGCCGAUGUGGAGCCCCAUGAGACACAGUUUCAUGACUCACCGGACGCCGAGCAGGAGUCCAAGGCCCAGCUGGCCAUCAGUGCAUUCUUUAAGGAAUCUCACAUAGUGCCCAGUCCCGUAGACUGUCCGUUGCGCAAGCAACGCAUCAUACUCAAUGAAAUCGCUCAAAAUGAUAACACGCCCAUUUCGAAUAGAAGCAAGCCCAGGUCGCGGGAUUCUGAGGUGCAAACGGAGCUAUCGCUGCCACCUGUACUGCCCAAGGCGCUGGAGGAGGCACUGCGUCCGUAUCUACAGUCCCAUUUGGCCGGAUCAUCGCGACGCCUCAAGUCUGGCAGUGGUUUGGAUCUCUUCAACAGUUCGAUGCGACGCAAAUUAUUCGAUCUGAAGAAUGUGAUUGUCUUGGGUGAAAUGGAGCAGGAGCGCCAGCAAUCAACCGAGGACGAGGAUCAGCAUUUGCAGAUGGUCGGUUCGAGUCCGCAAGCCAAGCAGACUAUUUUUGCCGGCCGGUUGUCCGAUUCGCCACGCGAGGGUUCCAACAGCUUUGGCUGCCUAUCGCCCAUCCGUAAUCUGUGUGGCCUGCAUCCGGGCACACCGGACGAUGGCAACGGGCCGUGUAGCGCACGCAAGCGCAAACAACUGCUCCAUGAACUCGUCGAUCUACCCUCACCCAUAGCACCAUCCGAGCAUUUGAGCCGGCGAUUUCAAAGGAUUGCGAGCAACAAUCAAAGCAGCAGCAGCGUUGAGCAUGUGACGCUCUCGGAGCUGACGGGCACGGGACGAGUGGCGUGCAAAUUUACGCCGGAUCGCAGUUCAUCGCCAAUGGCAUUGGAGUACUCGACGGAUAGCAGCAUCAAUCAGCGCGUGAGUCGCUUGCGAGUGAACAGUGCUCGUCAAUUACCAGUGAAAUCGCUGAUCGAGCAGGAUGAGAUGCCCGACUAUGAAACCGAUCAGGAGGAGGUGGAGGAAGAGGAUGCGGAUGGUAUGCAAUUGUCACAGCUAUCGACUCACAGCUUCAAUUGCAGCUCCUCCAAUUCGGAUACACCGCGUGGCCAUCGUCGACAUCGUUCCGCAAAUCGCAAGAACUUGUCGCAAUCCUUCAGCGCCAAUCUGCUGGAUGAGUCGGACAAGCAGGAAGAAGAGCAGCAACAGCAGGCACCACAAGCUGAUUUAGAUAAGGAACCGGAACAGGCUGCACCAAGAAUCGGAUUAUAUCGCACCGAUAGCGGUUUCAAUGAGACCCACACGAACACUUCCAAUUUCGCCUUCUCCCAGGAGCUGCCCACUAGCACUAAUUACGAUUGCAACUCAAUGGAUGUGUCCAUGGUCUGCUGCUCGACGCCUUCAACACGUUCCUGACAGCAACACCAAAUCUUUUCUGUAUCUGCAUAUAUAUAUUUUAGUUUUUUAGUGUACAAUUUUAUUGCAAUAACCGUAAGAAAGACUCGAAACUGACUGCAAUUUUGCCCACCGUUUAAAUCACCAAGGCCUAUCUUAGCUUAAGUUUUUAUUAAAUGUGUUUGUGUUAAGUAAACAUGUUCA